CUGAUCUGCGCGACAAUAGCAGAAUCCUCAGUCCAGUGUCCCGCCUCUGACUUCCUAUCUCCGGGUCCCACCUGGUCUCUGCUGUUCAGUGAGACAAGAUGAAGUGUCCACCGUGGCCCGAAGGACAGAAACUGGUUCACCUGGAUCUGAAAGGUGCCCCCCCGAGAGUAGACUACCUCCACAAGCUGAUCGAGCUGUUCUCUGAGCUGGGGGCGGAGGGUCUGCUGGUGGAGUAUGAGGACAUGUUUCCUUAUGAGGGGGAGCUGCAGCUGCUGCAGGGCACAGCUCCGCCCACCUACAGCCGACAGGAAAUAUUAUCUCUGCAGGAGUUUGCCAGGUCUAAGUCCAUGGAGGUGGUCCCCCUGGUGCAGACGUUUGGCCACAUGGAGUUUGUGCUGAAGCAUCGUCCCCUGUGGGGCCUCAGGGAGCUGCCUCACUGUGUGGGCACCCUGAACCCUCACAGAGAGGAGGGGCUGAAGCUGGUGAUGGAGAUGCUGAGGCAGGUGGUGGAGCUGCAUCCAGGUGUGAACACUCUGCACAUUGGAGCCGAUGAGGUGUACAUGCUCGGUGAGGGGGAGGAGUCAAAGCUGUGGUUGGCUUCACCUGGACGCACAGUGGAGCAGCUGUUCCUGAGUCAUGUGACCAAGGUCGCCAAGGCCAUCAAGGAGGCGUGGCCUCACUUGAAUAUCAUCAUGUGGGAUGAUAUGAUGAGAGGCAUGAACCAGGACACUCUGAAAGAGAGUGGUCUGGUGGGACUCGUCCAGCCCAUGUUGUGGGACUACACCCCUGAUCUGGAUGUGGACAGCACUGUGUCUCUGCUGGAGAAGUACCACACAGCCGGACUGUCACAGCUGUGGGCCGCCAGCUCCUUUAAAGGCUCCACCUGUGUUCACACCUGUGUGCCCGGCACUAUGAGACACGUGGAGAACCAUGAGCAGUGGCUGAAGGUGGCAGCUGCUUUACCUGCAGGUGUACACCUGAGGGGCAUAGCCCUCACAGGCUGGCAGAGGUAUGACCACCUGUCUGUGCUGUGUGAGCUGAUGCCUUUGGCUCUGCCUUCACUGGGAGCCUGUCUGCAGACGCUGGUCCAGGGUCAGCUCAGUGCUGAGGCUCAGAUCAGAGUGUGUGAGCGGCUGGGUGUGUCUUCAGUGGAGGUGACGGACCUGGACAGGACACCUGAGGAGGACUCGCUGUUCCCAGGGAGGAGACUGGCUGAGCUCAUCAUAGACCUGAACCAGCUGCUGAACUCAGACGACAUCCGCUUCUUUGAAAACAGCAUGGCUGUGAGAGGAUGGUUCAGCCCCUACCAACGACAGAGGAGGGCGGUGACCCCGCUCAUCACCAUGACGAUUCACAGCCAAGCAUCGGCGUAUCUGACCACGCUGCAGCAGAAGGUGGAGGCGGUGAAAGAGGAGAUGGUGCGUCUUUACCCAGAAUGCACUGCUCAGGAGUGGAUAGAGGAGCACGUCAGCCCAGUGAUGGCUCCUCUACAGAGGAUCACAGAGGACGUCCUGGCCUGUGUGAAGGAGAUGGUCCCGUAGAAUAACAGUAAUAAUUAUUAUUAUUAGUAGCAUUAUUAUAAUUCUGCAGCUCAGUCAGACGUUGUGUCUUUAAUUUGAUUUCAUCCUGAUUUAGUGCAAAGAACAAA